CUGGCCGAUCCAAACCCGAAAACCCGCAAACCCACUCACCGGAGUCAUUAUCGGUCUGUUUGGAGCUCUCCGAUGAACCCUAAACUCAACCUUGGAAACAAUGGUUAUUUUCGAGGGUGUUCUGCCUCACCUCUAUCCUUUUUUGGAUACAUUGUUGGGUUUCCAAAACCCAACCGCAAUAUACUACGUGACUCAUUGGUUCAACUCUGGGAAUCGAAGGGUUCUUCCUUUUUUUCAUCUUAUGACAAAGGCCACUUUUAUGUGGAGUUUUCCACUUCUUUGAACAGGGAUCGAGUGUUGUAUAACUCUCCCUAUUGGUUUAACAAAUCACUGUUACAUUUAGUUCCCCAUGCCGUUGAUGAUGAUCUUUACGAAGCUGAACAACAGUUCAUUCCAUUAUGGAUCCAAAUAUCAGGCAUUCCAGAGUCUUGUUUUUCUGAAGAGCCCAUUCGCAAUGCCAUUUCAGGAAUCUUAUAAUUACAAUUAUGGAGGAUACGCGAGGCUUAGACAUUGGUGAAGGAGUUCAAACAUGAGAUUUCAGGUGAGGGGUUUUCUGUGUUUUGCUGUGUUUUUUAUGUUUUUCUGUAUUUUGUUAUACAUUACUAUAUUCUAAUAUACUUUAAUGUGCUUGCUUGCAAUUUACUACUCUUCUUCUUGCUGAAUUUACUAUGAUAAUGCAUGUGUCUUGGUGAAGUGUGUGGAAUCUAAGUUUGGAAGCAUGUGCUACUCAAUGAGAGAUAUGAUGAGUUGUGGAUGUAUGCUAUGAAUGUGUGUGAUG